UCGUAGCCUCGAAACCCCCCUGACACGCCUCUGCUGACUGACUGCGCCUCUUUUUAAUACCAAACGCGGAGUAGUCCGAUUUCGCGUUCCCGCCGCCCGCACCAUUUUACUCUCUCUCUCUAAAAAGCUUUUCAAGAAAGCUGUAGAACCUCACAAUUUCAUCACCAACAGAGCCUCUCUCUCCCUUAAGCUCUCUCUGUGUGCGAAAUGGCAAAGUCGAAGAAGCAAUGUUACAUUUCAGUUCCCUCUCAGAUAAUCAACUCUCUCUCAUCAUCUUCGCUUCAAUCUCUCCUUCUCUCUCCUAAAAAAUCUUCAAAGAUCUCGAAGGCGAAGCUUUUGAAGAACCCAAGAUUCUGGUUCUUCUUUCUCUUUCUCUUUGGUUUCGUCGGAAUGUUCUUCAAGAUGGGUCUCAAUCUAGAUCCCCUGAUUCCAUUCUCGCAAAACCCAUGCUCGAUUCCUCAACAAGGGGCCUCAAUCUCAAAUGGGUAUUCGGAUUCGCAGCUCAAUACUGUGUCUUUAAGCGAGAAAAAUGGUGGGGAUGUGGAGAGAGACGAAGUACAGAGUGGGUUUUGGAAACAACCUGAUGGGUUGGGUUAUAGACCCUGUUUGGAUUUCAGCAAUGAGUAUAGAAGAUGGAGUGGUGAUAUUGUGAAGGACAGGACAAAGUAUCUGAUGGUGGUGGUCUCUGGUGGUAUGAAUCAGCAGAGGAAUCAGAUAGUUGAUGCUGUCGUGAUUGCCAGAAUUCUUGGGGCUGCUUUGGUUGUUCCAAUCUUGCAAGUCAAUGUCAUUUGGGGCGAUGAAAGUGAAUUUUCUGAUAUAUUUGAUAUGGAACACUUCAAGAGAGUUCUUGCCAACGACGUACGGAUAGUUUCCUCGCUUCCCUCAACACAUUUGAUGUCAAGACCUGUGGAGGAGAAGCGAACGCCACUUCAUGUCUCGCCUCAAUGGAUUCGAGCUCGGUACCUCAGACGGCUCAGGAGAGAUGGUGUUUUGCUCUUACGAGGUCUGGAUUCAAGGCUCUCAAAGGAUCUCCCUUCUGAUCUUCAAAAGCUUCGAUGCAAGGUGGCAUUUCAUGCGCUGAAGUUUGCCCCUCAAAUCCUAGAACUUGGUAACAAGCUCACAGAGAGGAUGCAUAGCAAGGGACCUUAUCUUGCUCUUCAUCUCAGAAUGGAGAAGGAUGUAUGGGUGAGGACAGGUUGUCUUCCUGGUUUGAGUCAUGAGUAUGAUGAGAUAAUUAACAACGAGAGAAAAUUACGGCCAGAACUCUUAACUUCGAGAUCAAACAUGAGUUACCAUGAUAGAAAGCUUGCAGGUCUCUGCCCCUUAACUCCCUUGGAGGUUACACGGUUGCUUAAAGCUCUAGGAGCUCCAAAGAGUGCGAGAAUAUACUGGGCUGGAGGGAAUCCAUUUGGUGGGACAGAAACCUUGCUACCCUUAACUAAAGAAUUUCCUCAUUUCUACAACAAGGAAGACCUGGCCUUGCCCGGGGAGCUUGAGCCAUUUGCAAAGAAAGCCUCGUUUAUGGCUGCCAUUGAUUAUAUAGUUUCCGAGAACAGUGACGUGUUUAUGCCAUCUCAUGGUGGAAAUAUGGGUCACGCAAUUCAGGGACAUAGGGCCUACGCAGGGCACAAGAAAUAUAUUACGCCAAACAAAAGACACAUGCUCCCAUAUUUUCUAAACUCCUCUCUCCCUGAAGCAGAGUUCAAUAGUAUAAUAAUGGACUUGCACCUUGACUCUUUAGGGCAGCCAGAACUCAGGACUAGCAAAGCUGGAAGAGAUGUCACGAAGUUUCCCAUCCCCGAGUGUAUGUGUAAUGAUUCCCGUAGACAUUCUCUAUUGUAGUUGAAUCCUGCAAGCUUCAUGAAAUGAGAGAUUCACUAGGGUGACAUGUUGGAGCCAAUCGAAAGUCCUUGAACCGGAGCCCUUUAAAACCUGCGAGUUUGGGGCACAAUGUGGCUUCUUCAAAGCACCAUUUGGAAACAUUGUUUCUGGUGGCAGUCACUUUCGGUCAGUACACUGAAAGGCUCGUUGAUGCUUUUUCAUACACCUUUAGCCACUUGCUUUGAGAGUGCAUGUGAGGGAGAUGGAUGGUUUUGUAUAACAAUACGGUACUUGAUAUGGCUUCAUUUUUUGAUUCUUUAGAAAGAUAGAAUGGGAGGCUGAGGGAAAGCAAUAUAUUUUAGGAGUUGUAGAUUUUUUUUAUUCAUUUCAUUCUUUUGUAAUGCAUCUAUAUACCACACUCGAAUAAAUGUAUAUAUUUUUGUAGAGAAGUUUAUCUAUUGAGAUUAUUACAUAUUGUCCA